ACUACGACGACUACUACUACGACUACUACGACUACUACCACUACUACGACGACUACUACUACGACGACUACUACUACGACUACUACGACGACUACCACUACUACGACGACUACUACUACGACGACUACCACUACUACUACUACUACUACUACUACUACUACUACUACUACUACUACUACUACUACUACUACUACUACUACUACUACUAGUACUACUACUACUACUACUACUACGACGACUACCACUACUACUACUACUACUACUACUACUACUACUACUACUACUACUACUACUACUACUACUACUACUACUACUACUACUACUACGACGACUACCACUACUACGACGACUACUACUACGACUACUACGACGACUACCACUACUACGACGACUACUACUACGACUACUACGACUACUACGACGACUACUACUACGACUACUACGACGACUACCACUACUACGACGACUACUACUACGACUACUACCACUACUACUACUACUACUACUACUACUACUACUACUACUACUACUACUACUACUACUACUACUACUACU